AAUUCGUUUUACAUCCUUUCCACUAUUCGUAUUCAUCAAAAAAUCAUCAACUUUACAUGUAAAGCGAUACGCUUUUAAUUAGAGAAGAAAGAAAAAUUUUACAUUUGGAAAAAAAACAUUAAACUUUGUGGAUGCUGCUUAGCGAUAAAUUUCUUGAACGAAGAUGGCGCUCGAUUAAUGGAAUGCUCGCGCGUAUAGAUGAUGUAGUGCUAUCUAUAAGAUUGUAGUAAGUUAGAACGCUCUCCGUUGUGGAUCAAGGAAGCAGUGAGAAACAACGGCGGAAGUGGGGAUCGUGCGCCAUUUUCUAUUUUUGUAUAGCAGUGAACUAGUGUUGUGUGUGUACAUUUUGUGUGAUAAAUCGAUGGAUUAUUAAAUAAUUGACGGAGGACGUGUCGAUGUAAUGAAAUGAUAUUCGGUAACACGUGCUUCGAAUCUCAUGCGAAUAAUCAUUAUUUUGCGUUUGUCUUCUGUAUAACCCGUGCGUAAACCCGUAGCUCCCUGUAUCACGUAAACACUUUUUCUUCAUUUCUCUUUUGAGCUAAGUGAGAGUGGCUUUCGAGAGCUAUCGGUUCAUUAGAACUAUUACCUGGCGGAUCGACAUUGAAAUUAUAUCGUUUUGCCCUCCUCGAUUGCGGGAUCCUUUACUCGCUUUUAAAGAUAAAACUUCGAGAUAUAGAAGGGAAAACCAGUCUGUGAUACUAAACAGUACUAAGGUAUAUAGCUAGAAUAUAAACUCUACAAUUAGAUAUAUACGUAUAUAUGGCGUAUGAGACGUAGAUAGAUCUAACAUAAAAGAUCUAGAAAAAAUCUGUAUAGUGUGUGCUGUGACUUUACCUUACUCGAGGGAUAAACGUGAUAAAGAGCAGAAUGUCUCAGGAAUCUGUGACAAAUGACAAGCAACUGCCAACUCCUAAAGAUAAAGGAGAUGAAGCAAUUAUAUCUAUGUCUGUGGCUGGGGAGGUAACCGACACUUCAAUUAUGGAAGUAGGCCGUUCAAGACCUCAGUUCCAGUAUUCCCGGGAGGAAUUAAUAUUGAUAAAGAGCUUGCCAUUAUCUAAGAGAAGGCCCGAUUUCUUAGAUACCUCAUAUAAUAAUUCACGUGGUGUGUGGGAUCCUGAACGUUGGCAUUCGGAUAGGAAGAGAAGCGAUACACCACCGAAAGACGAAAGAACUGGACGUGGUGAUCAAGUUACUGAAAGUCAUAAUAAACGUCGGAACGGUGAUCCAAGGGAACGGAUUCGUAAGGAACAAGACGGCAUAGUAUUGAGUCCUCAGCGUAGAAGUUUUAAUUCAGGUUGUUUUGUCAAUGUGACUCAACCUUCGAAUCGACGUCCUGAGAGUCCAAUAGGGAAAGCAGAGGUCGUGGUUAGCCAUAGGGAACCUGUUCGCCGAAUUGGAAGUGGAAGGAUUUUAACUCGCGAUAUAUGGGACUUUCGACCUGAGAAUGAAAAACUGGAACCUGCUUUUCGGUCUGGAUCAAGUGGUGGUACUUCUGUGCGUGAUCGUGACAACAGGGAUACUCGCGAUGGAAAGGACCGAGAGAAUACGAGGGAAAGAGAUCGCGAUCGCGAUCGCGAUAAUUUGCGUGACCGAGACGAGAGGAACGAACGGUUCGAGCGAAGAUCAUUUGGUCGUGAUUAUGGUGACAGAGAUAGGGACCGCGAUCGAGAGAGAGCAGCAGAACGGAAUGAUCGUAAUCAUCAAUCGGAACGUGAUAAGGAUCGUGGUCGCGAACGAAGAUUCAGUAAUGAUCGCAGGCGAAUAUACAGCGACAAUCGUAACGAUGCGGAUGAACCAGAAUGGUUUAGUUCUGGACCGACAUCGCAACAUGAUACCAUUGAAUUAAGAGGUUUCGAAGACAUCCCUGAGGAAAAAGCAGUAAACAAUAACAGUAGCAAUACUAAGAAUAAAAAGCAAACUGCGGUUCAGAAGAAGCGUGGGAAAAAGAACUCGUUGGAGAAAGAUGAGAAGCAGAUUGAAAAUUCAGCAGGUCCGAAAGGGCGAAGUACACCGACUACGAUGGAUCAACCAAUGAACGUUGUCGCUGCGCCGCAUUCGCCGAUUUCAGAACAGAACGAGUCGACGUCUCUCACACAAAAACCAAAUCAUGAUUCCAACGAAAGCACUGUAAUUGAACAAAGUUGCGAGACAAUGGAUAAUUCUAGCACCACUAAUCAGAAUCAAGAAGAUAGCCAUCCUGAUUUUAAUCUAGAUGAAUUCUUAAAAUCUGAUACAUUUCCUGGCGUACCUGGACUUUUAACUAAUGGAGUUGGUUCAAACGGAGGUUCUUGUUCCCGAUUUAGUCAAUGGUUUAAGAGAGAGAGUCCUGUUCAACAGGUGGAUAGUCGUCGAACUUCUAUACAGGAUGAUAUACUGAACAAUCUUCUUAAUGAUAUCACCGAACCAAAUAUUCAGAUUCCAUCAGUGACAGAAUCUAAUACAUACUUUGCUCCCAUUUCUCCUGCUAAUACAACAGCAAAUAAUACUACAUCAACUACUGGCGUAAAACUGCUGGAAAUGCUACAACGUGGAAACAAACCAAAUCAAAAUGGACAAGGGGACGUAGUUGGCACUGUAAUUCCAAUGAUGAAAAGCUCAUCUAUUAAAGAUAUGGAAGUUGGUGGAAAAGUUGUGCAUAGUCUCGAAGAAUUGGAAGCACGCAUGCGGGGUGGUGCUCCUCCACCCACAUCUUCGACUGAUCAACCUCGUGUAAAUAAGACUGAAGAAGAUCUCUCUGCGUUUAAAAAAUUGCUUGCUCAAGUGACUGGAGGACAGGCUAUACCAGCGGCAAACGGUCCUAUUUCGCAAAAACAACCUGUGACAUUAAUACAAUUGCUUAACUCACAACUGAAAACACAACCAAUUGCUCCUCAGCAAUCGGUCCCAGAACCAAUGCAAACAUUUAAUCACGUUGGUUCUGUUGGACCAACUCAACAUCCGCAUCAGGCACAAAUGCAGCAUGAAAAUUUAAUGAAAGUAUUACAGAUUCAACAGCAGCAACAGAAACAACAGCAGCAGCAGCAACAACAACAACAACAACAGCAACAACAACAACAUUCAGAUAUGUUGUCUAUGAUGAUGGGCCAACGAAUGUUAGGCAUGAGUCCCGUUCCACCGGAAAUGCAGAUGAUGUUGAGUAAUGCUCCAACAAGUCAGGAACUCCUCCAAAGACCAGAAGCUCAAGCAAUUAUUCAAGGUCUUCAGCAAGGAGAAAUAACUAGACAACAUCUCAUACAGCAGUUACAGAAUCCAGCAAUGCAGCAUCGUCAUAGAGAAGUUCUAGUAAAUAUUUUGAAAAUGUAUGGUGGUACUACACCACGUACUAUAAGUCCGCAUCCUAAUGCACCAACUCCUCAAGAUCAUAUUUUGCAACAGAUGUUGUACCAACAACAGCAACAAAGGAUUCCAUCUCCUAUGAACAAUGCUUAUUGUCCACCUUCAAUAAUAUCUCCAAAUUUGACUGCUAGUCCCAGUACAUUAACAGUACAGCAUCCAGUGAUGCAACAUAGGGUUCCUUCGCCGCGGGAGAUUGUCAUGCAUGCUCAAUCUAUAAUGCAAAGUGCUUUAAUUAAGAAAAAAUUGGAGGAACAACGUGAAAAUUUCCGAAAACGACAGGAUCAACAACAGCAGCAGCAGCAACAGCAACAACAAGCUCAGCAAAGAGCAUCGAGUCCAGUUAAUUCGCCAGCAAAGCAAACCAUGAGUCCAACACCGCUCGCUUUUACUCCAACGUCAGUGUUACGUAAAAUGACUGCUGAUAAGGAACCUGAGGGUAAUAGUAACGAUCCAUCGAAAUUGGCGACUCAAUCACAGGCAUCGCAAAUGCAACAAAUGCAGUCUGCAGUUCAAAUAUUGACUCAAGGAGUUCUUUCUCGACAUAAUACCACCUUACGACCACAAUCUGUUCAAUCUACAUGGUCAAAUCCGACUAUGAAACAACAUCCAGGUCGACCAAUAGUGAAAGGUGGUAGUGGCAAUGGAGGAAAUCAAUUUCAAUACAGUGGAAAUUCAGAUUUCCAGCAGCAACAACAGCAACAACAACAGCAUCGAACAGUUUCAAGCGUGUAUGGUAACCCUGCACGUUCUAAACAUACUGUGACUAGUUCCAUGCCACACCACAAUGUUCCCCAAUACAAUGUUGCUCAGAAUUCAAUGAUAAAUCAGAGGUCAAACAGUAUGAAUAAUCAAAUGAAGGUGCAGCAAACUCCUCCUUCACAUCUUGCUAAUAUGCAACAUCAACCACAGCAACAACAGCGUAUUCUUAAUUCACAAAUGCAGAUGGUCUUAAAUCAAAACUACAACUCGAGUCGUACAGAUGGGAGAGUAAUGCGGUCGCAGCAAUUGAACAUGCCCGUAGGUCGGCAAGCAUCACCAGGUUUAGGAUAUGUGGGUAGCAAUGGUGGAGAUCUGUCACCGACUUCAAAUCAAUUGGCACGAUGGUUUAGUCCAGAACUCCUUGCUCAAGCUCGGGCUGGUAAGCUACCAGAGCUUGUCCAGACAAAUGUUUUAUCGUUGGAAGAAUUAGAAAGACUUCAACAUGCAUCAACUACAGUGCAUAAUUAGAUUUAUAUUGUACCUCCUCAUCUGUUUAAUUGCAAGCACAGGAUCCCAUCGGCGCAGUCGUUGCUCUAACAACUUUUUAAAUUAGAUGGCUUUUCAUAUUAAAAAGUCAGUACGAAGAUUCACUCCGAUUAAGAAGAAAUCCAUUUCAGUAAAGUCCUGCUUGCAUAUACAAAGUCAUUUAGGUAAUAAACCUUAAAGGAAGUAAGGUUUAGUGAAAUAAAUAACCACUUCGGAAAGAGACAUUUUUUGAACAUGAUACAGAUUAGUUGAGCAGUAUUUUCUCUCUAUGAAAAUGUCUUUUUCUUUUUGAUUAUCUUACGACUUAUUUGUAAUAAACUUUACAAAUAGCAUUAACUAGUAAGCUACAAAUGUACAGAGGAUUAUGGAAUAAUGAUAUAGAAUCGAAGAUAAUUAAAAGAAGAUAAGCCAUUUAAAAACAAAUCUAAUUGAACAUCUUUCUAUGAGAAAAAGAUUUAUUGCUUAUAAGACUGAAAAAAAAUAUAAAAAUUCUUACUAUUGACUAUGAGAAAACAAAAUACAUACUAUUUCAUUAUGUAUAGUUUCUAAAUGGCAGUAAAGCAGAAGUUAUUUGCCUAAGUAUGGACAGCAAGUCUUUAUUUAUAAAUUACAGAGUAACUAGACUCGAUUUCAAGCACUAUUUAUUAUUAUAAAAUCUUUAUUAUAUACUUGUUACUGAGCUGCAAUGUCAUUAAUUUGAUCAUUUUUUUCAGCUAUUUAUUUCUUUCCAUGAAACUUGCAGAGUCCUUUAGGUAAAUAAUUAUGGUCGAAAUGCAGUAAAUUGCAGUAACCACAAAUGCAGUUACAUAUACAGAGAAAAGUGUCAUAUAUUAUAUUCUACUUAUACUAUUACGAACAUUGUGGUCGUAUGAACAGAAUGAACAUGCGUUAAUAAAACGAGAGCAAGUACUCAUCAGAUCUUGCGUAUAUUAAGGAAAUAAAUAUAUAAUAUAUACUUUGUAGAAGCGUGAGGAUACAGUGUUAUUAUCAUGUUCGAAAGCGAAAAUUAGAACAAACCAAUUCCAAAUGCAACCUUGGCAGAUAGGUAGAAAAAACGUUUGCAAAAUUUAACGAAAGAAAGGAAGAAAAUCAAAGAGAAAGGAACAAAAAAAGAAAGAGAGAACAUUCCAACGGUUAUAGAGAGACAAAACAAAUACAUUAACAAAUAGAAAAGAUUUAUUGUCGACAUUGCUGCCAAUAUGUGUUUGCUUUAUAAUUAACUUGUUAUUUUUGUGAUUACAUUUUUCGUACAGUCAUAUUUAUAUUUGACCGACAGCAUCAAUAAUAACUUGUUCUUCUUUUUUUUUAACUUUUUUUGAUCUAAGUUGUUACUUGGUUGAUAAUUAGUGAAUAUCAAACUACCAUAUCAGUUAUGUGAAAUUGCAUUUUUCCCUAAUUUAAUAAUGAAUGAUACUUUUAUAUUCAUUGGUAUUUUAGAACCUAGUAAAGACACUAAAAAGACCUGACACAAUGUUAACAAAUGGAAACAAAUAUUUUUCUAAAUUUCGUUUUGUGUUCACGUAUACAAACUGAUAUUUAGAUAAUUUCAUUGAAUUACAGAGUUCAUGGACUUCUGUUACAUCUACUCCCUGUUUUACAAUACUCUAUUUAAUAAAAUUAAUUUUCAUAUUUGGAUGUACUCAUUCCGUCUUUUUACUUAAUCUAAAGCUUUUUAUUAAAAUGAUAUAUUCAGCACAUGAGUGCUUCGUUGUCAAGAACGUUUUGUAAUAAUCAUGAGUAUAUUUAUGAAAAUUGUCGUACAAUCACAUAAUUGUACACUAAAUGUUGAUUACAAAAAUAAUUGGUAAGAACAUUUUAUGAAUGAGAAAUUUGAAAAACUAUAACACAAGGGUUUCUUAAAAUAUACUGCAGUUAUGCUACAAACAAUUAUACAGACUACGGGAAAUGUGACAAACUUUUUCUGCGCUUUUUAUGCAUACAAUUCAUAUUUCAUUAAACCAAAUAAUUUAAUGAAACAUGUGUAAUAUAUUAUCCUAUUCAGUAUAGUUAAAGAUGGAAUUUUUAAUGUUUUUAUUGUUCAAAUGUUUUUCAAUGCGGCAAAGAUGUGCGUCAUGUUCAGAUUUAUUUCCGACCAAUCUCUGUUCGUAUUCACAUUUAUAUAACUCGUCCAUAACUAUGCAAAACUGUGCUAUGUAAAAAACAAAAAUUUCAUUGGGAAUUAUUUAUUGGGAAUGUAAUUACUACAAGUACUGCCAACAAAUGUAUUAGUGUCUACAUUACACUAGAAAAGUACCAAGAAAAAAGGAAAAGAAAAAGAAAUAGACAAUGACAUUUGUUCUGAAAUAUUACAACAUUGCAAACAACAUUGUUGCCUUAAAAGAGGCUAUUACAAUCUAUUGCUAUUGAAAUCUAUAAAAGAACGUAUAUAUGUAUAUAUAAAGGACAUCUCGUUUAUAUAUGUGUAUAUAUGUUCUUUUACAAAUUUCAAUUAUUUAAAACAUCUCGUUUUAUAAAUCGUUCUUGUUUUUAUAUACAUAUUAAACAAGAAUGAUUUAAAACGAGUCUUUUACGAAGAAAAUUGCAUUUACGUUAGAUUCAUCUAUAAAAAUAGCAACGCUUGAUAUUUGGUGGAAAAACAUUUCUUACAAAAUUGUAAAGAGAACUUUUAAUUCGACUUUUUAAAAAAUAAAACGAAAAGGUAAUAGUGUUUUGCGCUUUAUUGAUUAUAGUAUUGUGAAGUAUGAAUUUUGUCCUCAUAAACUCGCGAAUUCGAAAGGUUGUUUCGUAAUUCGAAAAUUUUUGUAAAUAAUUCAAAUCCUGAGCAAAAAAAAACUGGUUUAUUGGCCCAUGCAAUAAAUUGCAUUGGGCCAAUAAUUUGUAAAUAAAGUUAUUAAAUAUUACAUUAUGUGAAAUUGAAGAAAACGUCAGAAAUAAAUACAAAGAAUGUAAUUGUAAUUUUAGUCAUUUCAUUUAUUUACUGAAAUGAAUUGAAAUUAAUAUAGUAAUAACUAAGAUCGAGCAUAUUCUCUUGGUGUAUUUUAUGAACUGAAACCUUUGUACUCCAAGUAUAACCAUGUUUAAUUUAAACAUCAAUUUAAAUAUCAGAUUCAUUUUUUUAUUACUGUUUGUUCUCUUUCAAUAUCAUUUACAUCAUAAAGGAUAAAUCAGAGAGGAUUUACAUGAAUGUAAAUAUAUUUUUUUGUAGCAUAACUUUUUAAUGAACUCGUAUCACAUUUUUUUUUGAGAAAAUGUGUUUCCAGAGUUCUAUUAAUAAUCACAGUAUAUGUAAUGUAUAUCGUAUUAAUCGAAACAAAUGGAAGCUUGGAAUUAAGAACUUCGGCUGUUUCCGUCUAUACUCGUUUCUCGCCACCAAGAAUCCCUGAACUUGCCAAGUGAACGGUAAAACGCACGAGUCGUAAAUGGACCUCCAUAGUCGAAGGUGCGUUUCUCAUCCUUUGGAAUAUACGAAUUAUCGGAUCCGUAAAUCAUCAGAACACCCAAAAUUUGGAUUUACGUUUGAUUCUGGAUUAUCGAAAUUCAGUGAAAACCUUAACAUUUGCCAUAAAGGAGUAACUGAAACACGUACAUCAAAUUUUUCUUUGCGUGAACAAGGUUUCAAAGGCAUAUCUUAUUUGACUUUGGCAAUUUUCAUUCUAAAGGCAAUUUUUACGCAAUAAAUACAUACUUGCUUUUUUUGGUACUUAUUUUAUCAUUUAAAUAACUCUAAUGAUUAUCGAUAUAGGAAGUGUACUGUCGAAGAAACGAAGAGGAUAUUAAAUUCUGUGCAACGUAUAUUUAUUUUUAGAAUCCUGAAAUGUACAUAGAAUUAGUAGUCGAAAUUAUUGAUUGUUCGAAAGCUAUGUAACUGAUAUUGUGCUGUGCCCUACACAGAGACUAAUUGAAGGAAACAAUAAAAUUCGUUGUUCGAUCGAAA